CACACCAACGGUGGCAAACAUGUCAAGGCAUGCAUCGACGGUUUAAGACACAAGCGGUUUUUGAGUGCGCAUAUGGGUCACUCAAACCAAGCAAGGUUUGAGACAGUCGCUUCAUCAGAUGAAGAAAGGCAGCGAUAUGAGAGUCGUGAGAUGGAAAUCAUUACAGAAGCCCUGCGACUUGUCUUUCUUUUACUACUCAGUUGUGAACUAAGAGACUGUUAUUCUGUGACUUGUACUGGAAAGGUGACACUUGACCAAGACAUCAUUCCUAUUGGCUCCAACCUGACUGUACACUGUCUAUCCGACACCGUGCAAUGUGGCAGGAUCUUCACUAUGACGUUUAAUGAAAAAGAAAUACUACGAAAAAUCAGCUGUGCUAACGUAACAGCACAAGUUGUCGUGAACGAACCGCAAUCUUUGAUCUACUGUUUCGAGAUACACGAAGGAAAGUCUCACAUUGUGUGUGGACAGGACAUCAUCGCUAACCCAAUUCCAAGUCGUCCAGAAAUUAAAGAGAUUGUAUUCACGAAAGGCUCCCUUUCCCCCACUCUCUACUGGCACAGCUCAGACAAUAUGGAGAAUCUAAAGCCCAGGCUGAGGUUUCGGAUAACACAUGAUCACUCAGGCUGGGUGGAGGGAAAUGUGGCUCAGCUUCACAAAGGGACCCUUGUGUUGCUGGAGAAGUUGGAGCCACUGACAUUAUAUCAGUUUGAGCUGAAGGUCUGCACAGCCUCAAUGAAGAAUAACUGCAGUUUGUGGAGUGAAAGGUUCAGUCAGAGCAGCCCUGGAAAAGCACCUUCGACCAAGCUCGAUGUGUGGAGGACAAUCAUGAGAAACGAACAGAGCAAUACUCAGAAUGUGACUGUCAUGUGGAAGCCUUUAGGUAAAGAAGACUUUAAAGGAGUCUUUCACCAUUAUGAAAUAGUCUAUCAAGAGAAAGGCACCACAUACAUUCUGAAUUGCUCAACGGCUGUUACACAGUACACUAUUCAGCUGCCCCUGGAGGUGACAGAUCUGAAUUUCAGUGCUGUUACAUCAGCAGGAAGUUCACCACCAGCUUCAGUGAGACUGAUCUGUUCAGCAGGCAUACCAACUCCAGAAAUAAAAUCAAGCCAUGCUGCAGGGGGCGGCAUAAACCUUACGUGGGACUUUUCAUCUAGGACGUCAGAGAAAAUGCUGGGUUUUGUAGUUCAGUGGCAAUGCAACCCACUUAAAGUGCAGUGGAAGAGAAUUGAAAAAAACUACAACUCUGUAUACAUUCAGGCUACACAAGGGGAUCUCUGUAACAUUUCGCUCUAUGUUGAAAGAAGUGAUGGAGUGUCUUGUCCUUCAUUUAAGCAGAUUCAUACGAUCACGAAUGAUAUUAAAACAAUAACAAAUGAUUUGGACAAGGAGAUUGUCCCUCGCAUAGAGACCUUAACAAUGCAUUCUGCUGCAGAAAAAACGAGAAAUGGACUGGUAGUCGGGAUAUGCCUCAUAACUGCCGUUCCUAUCAUAAUCGUUGUGAAUCUAUUGUACUUGAAAUGUACACGACAAAGAUUAAGGAAGGUAUGCGUGUCAAUGGGACCAGCUUGGCUUUCUCAGAAUUUACCCCAGCUUGGAAACAGCAAUGCCAUCAAAUUACUGAAGGAUGAGAGAUAUGGUUCUGAUCUGUGCUGGCAACCUGUGGACAGCGACCCACCCUUAUCUCCAGUUGAGGACUACAGUCCACCUUCGGAAAGGAAGGAUUCGUACCCGGUUGUACACAGAGAAGUAACCACAGAGAAGACUACGGUUGUGAAGGACUGGACAGUCUGUCCUUAUAAACCUCAAGUCACUAUAUCUCAAGAAACAGAGAUGGUCUGUGAGGUAUCUGAGAUGGAAGAAGACGAGCCUCUUUGGGGGUUCUUCUCCUCACCUAUCUUCAGUCCGUUUAAACAUUUUCCUCAGACUCAAGGAAUGCAUGCUUCUCUGCCAAGCUGCUUGACUGUGGAUGGAAGACCUGUAUCUAUGGAUCUUAAUGGAUUCCCUUUUUCCACUCAGACCGUUGUAGAUGGAAACUUGUGGACCGAUGGGAGUCUGGCAGAAAUAGUAAACAGUGAUCAGAACCAGUUCCAGACUCAAACAGUGUUACCCAAUGACCUGGUGAGGUGCUUGAGAGAGCCAUGUUUGUUUUAACGACAGUCCUUUUCCUAAUCUGCAGAAGUCUGCAUGCUCUCCAGGUUGUGGGAAAAUCUUUGAGUGUGACAUUUUUCGUUAUCCUAUAUCAGUCAUGUGUAAAAAUGUGCAAAUUAUAUGGGAACUGAGCAAAACAUUUGCAUGUACUACACCCUUUUAUCCGAAAAUACUUGCAGUUCAGCUGAGCAUGUGAGGGGUACAGGUUUCACUUAAACACUCAACAGUUGCAGCUUCCUGAAACUGAACAUACAUUAAGGACUCCAAACCCUAACCACACGAUCCACACGGCCGUGGAUUAUGUAUAAGUUCAUGACAAACUACAUAGCCAUCAUGGGGUUCUCAAAGUGCAUCCAGUGAUCACCAGAGGACUUGUUUUUACAGUGUUGCUUAUCAACCUAUUAGCCAGUUUAACAGAUCACUUGAAUAGAAUGCCUUUAAACCAAAAAUGAAUAACUCCAAAACAAGUGGGCCAAUAAAUAAUGACAACUUUGCUGAAACAUGUGUGUGUGUGUGUGUGUGUGUGUGUGUGUGUGUGUGUGUGUGUGUGUGUGUGUGUGUGUGUGUGUGUUUCAAUAAUGAAAAGCAUAUGCUGGUAAAAGAAAUCUGAGGAAUGCUGAGGAAGUCUGUGUAUUUUACAGUUAAACACCCAAGCUACAACAUAUUGAGAACGCCUAGUGUCAUGUGUAUACUGUAAACAACAAUUUCACCGAUUUGAAGCAUUAAUGUCUGUUUUUUUACACAAAUGUAUAUAAAUGAUUUUUCUUUCUUUUUUCCUCUGUUCCCUAAAAUCAAGCAAAAUUUACCAGUUUAUAGAAAUGUUAUAGAUGGGAUUUUCUUUUGUUAACCUAUUGAGAGUGAAAUGCAUGACAAGGGAGGUUUGUAGAAACUGGAACAGAUCAGAUAAUAAACCAUUAUCAGACUGUACUAACCAGUGACCCAGUGAGGUGGUUAUGGCUUGGAGACUUCAACUAGCACUUCUUUCCUUAUCUUUUGCAUUUAAAAAAAAAAAACAAAAAAAAAACAAAACAAAAAAAAAAACACUUUUUCAUUGUAACUCUGAACAAAUGUUUUAAACUCAUGGUAUCUUAAGUAUGUAACUUAGUGAGCAAGCAUUAAUGAUGCAAUGUUAGAGAUUUAAGAACUUAUGUACAGUACGUCGCUCUGCGAAAUGCUGUAAAUGUAAAUGUAAAUGAGAUUGGCAGACCUCCUUCACCACAUGCCUCAAAACAGUUCAAUCACUGUGCCCAAAAAAAUAAGAUUGUAUUUCUUCUGCACUACUGAUUAAAUCAUUUGAAAAUCUGACACUGACGUAUGCCAUAAUAUACAAUUUUAGGACCUGAUCUCAUGAAUGAAUUUUAAUGAACUGAAUUGUGUGAAUUGUUAAAUAUUUGCAAGAUUAAAGUCUAUACUGGGUUCAAGCAUAGUUGAUCACCAUCAUGGUGUCCCUUUUCCAAAUAUUCAGUGUAUUUUUUUCCAAUUCACCAAUAAAAUCAACCUUUUUGAGA